AUGGAUAUUUCCCGCUGGUCUACAGAUCAGGUGGCGGAAUGGCUUGUGCAGAACAACUUUGCCUCGUUUCGAGACAGCUUUGUUUCUCAUAACGUCGGCGGCAUGGCGCUGCUCCAGCUCGACUAUGAGCUUCUGAAAGAAAUCGGCGUUUUGAAAGUUGGCGAGCGAGCCAGGAUCCUGAGGGCGAUCAAGCUCACCUCCCGACGCUCUUUAGCUGGGCACGAGGUAUGUCGACCGAAUAGUAUUCUAUGA